AUAACCAAUCAAGAAAGCUUUCUAGCUUGCUAUCUGAUAUAGAUCACAUGGCGACCAAGGCUUUCUUGAUUGCAUUAGCUGUUAUUGCAGCAGUUGCAGCUCCAGCUUUGGGUGAAGAUUUCAUUGUGGGAGAUGACAAUGGUUGGAAGAAUAACAACUUCGAUUAUGCUGCUUGGGCCCAGAGCAAAGAAUUCCAUGUUGGGGAUAGACUUGUUUUCAAGUACACUCCAGGAUCACACAAUGUUUUCAAAGUGGACGGGGCUGGGUUCAAAGACUGCAAGGCGCCAUUGGGCAGCGAUCCGUUAAAGAGCGGAAACGAUGCAAUAGAGCUGAAGCAAGAAGGAAAGAAAUGGUACAUCUGCGGUGUUGGGGAUCACUGUUCAGUUGGAGGCAUGAAGCUUGUCAUCAAUGUUUUACCAGCUGGAGGAGUGGGUGCUCCUUCUCAGCCCCCCACCUCCCCGCCGACGCCCUCCUCCCCGGCGCCCUCCGCCGCCUCCGAUAUCGCCGCCUCCAAAUUUGCUGCCUGGAGUUUUGCAGCGCUCUGCGGCGUGCUCUUCUUCAUGUUCCUGGCUUAAUCACACACCAACAGCGCAGCGCAGCUAUCUAGCUCUUCCUUAUCUUGCUUGUUGUUUUCAUUAUUGGUUCAUUUCCUUUGGUUGUUACUAUUGUUGUUUGUGAUUUGGAUUUCCAUUGAAUGAGUUGUUAGUAUGUUACUCCUCCAUGCUUAAUUUAGGUUAAUAAUGGAGUUUGAAACUCAUAUAUACUCUUAUCCAUUUCAUAAAGUAAAAUUUCCCUUUAUAUAUCAUUGGCCCUAUGAAGUAAGAAUUUAUUUCUUGUA